AUGGCGAUGGAUCAGUUGCCAAAAACCUUAUUCAAAGAGGGAACGGAAACACAAGUUGAGAAGGUCAACAACACUUGUCGAACUUCCAUACUUAAGAAGGCGGAGAAGUAUGUUGAAGCAAAGUACAAGGAAGUGUUGGGUGAUCCACUAUUUUCUCAGGUUAUGGAUAUUUAUGUGCACAAGCUUCAGUAUUCAGGGAGAGUGAUCCACAGCUUCGUUUGUAAGCAGCUUUUGACCGCAAAGCGCCAUGAGUUGUGGUUCCAUUUUGCUAGGAGGGCUCUAAGAUUUUCAAUGCAAGAAUUCCAUGCGAUAACUGGUCUGAAAUAUAAAGACGACGAGCCUGACUUGGAUAUUGAUAACUGGAGAGGUGAUAAAGGGUUUUGGAGUAAGUUGCUGCGAGAAAAGGAAAAAUUAGCCUACAACAAAUCAGGAAGGCUGAGGAUGGUGUAUUUGUGUGUGAUUGCUGGUCUGGUUAUGGCGAAGGAUGAGAAGGUGUGCAUCCCACACAAGUACAUCAAGCUGGUGAUGGAUUUCGAUAAGAUGAGAAAAUAUCUGUGGGGUCUUCACUCUUUUGAUGCGCUUGUGACUUCCAUUACUGAAGCUAGGGAUAAAGUGAAGACGCAGAACAGUUAUGUCAUAGAUGGAUUCUCUUAUGCACUUCAGAUUUGGUUGAUGGAGGCUAUUCCAGACAUCGGGUCUCUUUUGGGUAAGAAGCUCAAAGAAGGGGUCACUAGCAUGAGAUGCAGAAAUUGGAAAGGAUCUGAUAAGGUUUCCUAUGAGAAUAUUAUUAGUAUUGAGUCCGAUUUUGCAUCCACUGGAGUUGUGUUUCCAUACAUCUCUUCAACUGGAAAUGGCAACAUCAUUGUUGAUGCUGGGUUUGAGCAAGACGAUGAGAUGAAUGACGAAAGGGUCGAUCUGAUCAUUGACAUGUACAUAAAGAAGUAUGACUGGAGUAAGCAUGUUUGGGGUUAUCAGGAAACUGAACAACCAUAUGCGGACAGUUCUGAGGAUGAUCGUUCAAAGGAAGAAGAGGCUGGAGAAAGAAGUGACUGUGGAAUGGAAGAAGAAAUAGAAACCGCCCAUGUGUCUCCUGCAAAGAAGAGAAAGAACCAGUAUCAGGAUAUUGGAGCCGAGUCAAGGAAGAAGAGGUUACUUUGCCAAAGAUCAACCGACAAAUACAGAGAUCUUGAAGAGGGUAUGAAGUCCUAUAUACAUGGUAUGUUUAAGUCUUCUUUUACUGCCUUAGGGCUUGAGGUCCGCGACUUAAUUGAAGACCGGUUUACCAAAUUAGAGCAGACGAUCCUUUCAUCUCAGACUCCAGUUGGUGUUCCGGCUUAUACUCAGACUCAUAGUGCUGCUCCGGCUUAUACUCAGACUCAUGGUGCGGCUCCGGCUUAUACUCAGACUCAUGGUGCUGCUCCGGCUUAUACUCAGACUCAUGGUGCUGCUCCGGCUUAUACUCAGACUCAUGCUGCUGCUACGACAUCUACUCAAGCUCCUGGAUCGGAUUCUACUCUUUCUCCUACUCCUACUCUGGCGUCUACUCACGCUAGUGCUCCUGCUACUACUUCCCGCGCUCGAGCUUCUCGCAACAAAGCUUCGGUUCCUUCUCACACUGGUGGUCCUGCAACUGCUGCUAAGACAAGGUCUCAGACAAAGGAUCCAGAGUUGUCUGAUGUGUUUGGCAGCUUAUUUGACACUAUAGAUUUCAAUUUAGGGACCCAAGAGCACGUACAAAAGACAAUGAGCAAGCUUACACAAGAGUCGUAUGUUAAGGGGUUUGAUCCAUCUCAAGAGAUCUUCAACCGACCAUUCUUGAAUGAUAUAGAUGAUCCAGAAGUCCGUUGCAAAGACAGCGACUAUGAAUUGGUUUUUGUUCCAGAAGACAAAUUUUCCAAACUAACUGAAUGGAUCCUCAAGCCCAAAGUACUCCAGAUUGGGCCAUCUAAAUUUGAUGCAGAGUUGGUUUCGCGCAUAAUGGGGCCUAAUGAAUGGUUAAAGAACAAUGUGAGUUUAGCUUAG